UUCACUACACAUUUAAAUACCAUGGUUAUGUAGUCACUGUCAAUUGAACUGACAAAUUAUUUUUGAAAAUAAAAAAUAUUUUUAAUGGUUUUAUAACUAAAAAUCAUGAAUCCCAAUGAAAAACCAUGUCGGACUUGUAUGGACUUUAAAUCUUGGGCUAAAAUUCAAAAAAAGGCCUAUGACACUGAACAGGCACAAAAUACAACAGUAAAUGCUGAAUAUAAAGAAGCACUGGUAUCAGCUGAACGUAAGUUAAAAAAUUGUCCUUUGGAUAAAGAUGAAUUGGGCUCGGCGACCUGGUCAUUUUUGCACACGAUGGCAGCUUAUUAUCCGGAAAAACCAACAACUCAGGAGACCACUGACAUGAAAACGUUUUUCAACGUAUUCUCUAAAUUUUAUCCGUGCGCACCGUGUCGUGAAGAUUUACAAGAACAGUUGAAGAAGAGGCCACCGGAAACAGCAUCACGGGAGGAGUUGAGCCAGUGGUUGUGCGAUGUCCACAAUGAGGUGAAUAAAAAAUUAGAUAAGCCUGUCUUCGACUGUAGUCUAGUUAAUCAAAGAUGGAGAGACGGCUGGCUCAAUGGUUCCUGUGAUUAAAUAAACACUAAAUUUUUCUGUAUUAUAUAUAAAUAUAUUUUAUUUUGUCUCAUUUAAAUUAAAGAGAAAAUUUAUUAUUUAUAAAAUAAAUAUUUCACAUGAGUA